GCAUAUUUUUUUGUCAUUCUCGAAACCAGAGCAGAGACGAGCAGAGAACGAGAGAGAAACAGAGAGAGAUGGUCGGACCGGGGAGACCGCAGUUCGUGCUGUUCGGCUCGUCGAUAGUCCAGUUCAGCUUCGGCGACGGAGGAUGGGGCGCUUCCCUCGCCGACCUGUACGCCCGCGAGGCAGACAUAAUCUUGAGGGGGUACUCCGGAUGGAACUCGAGGCUCGCUCUUGAAGUCCUGGAAAAAGUGUUUCCAAAGGAUGCAGCUACACAACCAUCCCUGGUGAUUGUCUAUUUUGGCGGAAAUGACUCAAUGCGGCCUCACCCAUCUGGUCUUGGCCCUCAUGUACCGCUUCCUGAGUAUGUCGAGAACAUGAGGAAGAUUGCCAAAUAUCUCAAGCAGAGCCUGUCGGAUUGUACGCGCGUCAUUUUUCUUAGUGCUCCACCUGUCAAUGAGGAGAAAAUUCGUGAAUCUUGGAGCGAUAAGAAUCAAGAACUAAGGCGAACAAAUGACUUGUGCCGAGUAUACUCGGAGGCCUGUAUAAAGCUGUGCAGGGAGAUGAACAUCAAGGCUGUUGAUCUGUGGACUGCAAUGCAGAAGAGGGAUGAUUGGGCUACGGCAUGCUUUACGGACGGCAUCCAUUUCUCCCCAGAGGGAAGUGAGAUCGUGGUGGAGGAAAUACUGAGAGUUCUCAAAGAGGCUGACUGGAAACCGAGUCUUUAUUGGGAGUCGAUGCCCACUGAAUUCGGGGAGGAUUCACCUUACUGACCCGGUAGGUCCCAAUGGCAGGACGAACGUGAACCUGUUGGAUAGCAAUUCCCACAGAAGUAACCCUGUAGUAAAUACUAGAGAAACACUUUGAGAGCAAGGAGCAGAGCGAUUUCAACUUUUUUCAAUGUGGUAUUUUGUCCUCCUAAUCUGUGCCCCUUCCUGGAUCUGUAUUCUCUUGGCCAGCAUAAAGAAAUAAGCACAAAGAACGGAGAAACUGACGAUUGACGCCAAGCAUUUUGUCCAUAAUUUACAUUUGAUGAACCUGGCACAGCUUUGACAUGCCUGAUGCCCCCUAGUUCAGGCCACAAUAGGAUUUACCUUUUAGUUCAUGAACAAUGUACACAAAUAGUAGCUUUCAGACAAGGCAAGCAAAGGAAGAGCCUUGGAUUAUUCUAGAACCAGUUAAAUCAUUUGCUUCCCCCGAA